AUGGCAAGGGAAGGAGAUGAGAAAUCUGGGGCGGGUCGUUCUUGGAGCACUCGCGGCUGCUUUGAGAAAACCCGGGGGUGGCUGUCAGGGGGCGACUUCGCAAAGGCAUUGAAAUGUGUACGAGGCUUAAUCGACUUCCACUUAAUGGCGCAGUAUGGGAGUCAUACGACGAGCACACUGAAUUAUAUGGAGAGCUAUCUCGAGGAUUUCCAUAAGCACAAGGAUAUCUUUUUAGAAUUCCGGGCGUACAAGAGGACGGUUAAGGAUGCGAGAGAUCGGACAAAAGCUGUGAAGACCUCAGGCUCCCAGAGCGCUCAGCGAGGUUUGGAGGAGAUUGGCGAGAUACGGGAAAGGUCUCACUUCAACUUCAUCAAAUUGCACGUGUUAACGCACUAUCGGGAACAUGUCGAGCGCUUUGGGGAGCAUUCCCCAGUACUCCACGACAUCAGCGAACUCGCCCAUGUACGUCAGAUAAAAGAGGCAUACGGAGCAUCCAACAAGGUCGAUGCUGCAACGCAGAUACUGGACUAUGGGGGGCGGCGGUUGGCGUUAGAGAUUCGAAUGCUGAAUCUGAAAGACAUUGUUGGAGGUCCUGAGAGCACUGACGACAUCCUUUGGAGCCAUCGAGAUAACCUGAAGGAGUUACUUGAGAUUUUUAAAAUCGAAGACCGGAAAAAAACACCAAAUGAACGAUCCAUAGUAGAAGGCCGACUGCCUCUAAGCCGUCUUUGCAACCCCUGCACGAAAUCGGAAAGACUUUUCAAUAUUGCGGAUGGACUGCAAAUAAGCCAUACCACCUUAUAUCGCCUGAUAAAGGAGUAUGCAGAGGAUGCAGGAUGCCUUAAAGCUUUGCCGGAAGCUCUGAGAGCAUUUUAG